UGACGAUGUGCAGCCGGUGAGCUGUCUGCUACAGUUGAUUCUACUCGAUUUUUGACAUUCUACAUUGAAUUAGAAUGAAAUCGUCUAUAUUAGUUGUUUUGUUUUUGGCUUUAGUUAUAUCAUGUGGGCUUUUAGUGAAGAUAUUUAUCACUGAUAAAAUAAGAAGGCCAGUAAUUAACACCUCUUCACUUAGUUCUCGGUCGGCACCACCUUUUCCUGGUGCCAAGGAGGACAAUAUAUUUUGGUUUGCACAGGUAUCAGACCUUCAUUUUAGCAUAUUUUAUGAUCCAGCUAGAGUAAGCCAGUUAAAAGAAUUUUGCAGUACACACAUAGAUGCUAUAAAACCUAAAUUAGUAUUAGUUACAGGUGACUUGACUGAUGCCAAACAUAAAGAUCUGCAGGGAUCAGGCCAAUUUCAGGAAGAGUGGACUUUGUAUAAUGAUGUGCUGAAAGAAACAGGGGUCUUGAAGAAAACCACUUGGUUAGAUAUUAGAGGGAAUCAUGAUGCAUUUGAUGUUCCAUCCCUGACCAACCAGAAGAAUUUUUAUAGGACAUACUCUGCUCAAGGAAAAAAACAUUUCCAUUCAUAUCAACAUGUCGAAAUAUUGCCAUUUGGGAAGUAUAUUUUUAAUGCAGUUGAUGCUUGCCCAAACCCUGGACCAAGGAGACCAUUUAAUUUUUUUGGAAUGCUAACACAAGAUAGUUUAGACACAUUGGAGGAGUUUGCCCGAGCCAGUGAGAAGAGCAAUGCUACCAUAUGGUUUGGUCACUACCCAACUUCAUUGAUUGGUAUGCCUGAACCGGGGCUGCGUCAUGUCAUGAGGCAUGGCAUAGCCUACAUGUGUGGUCAUCUGCACACCCUGGCUGGCCUGGUCCCCAAGAUGCAUACAUUACAGAAAGAGGGUUAUCUUGAACUGGAACUUGGAGACUGGAAGGAUAAUAGAAUGUAUAGAGUAGUUGCCAUGGAUCAUGAUCUGAUGUCAUUUACUGAUGUUCAUUUUGAUACCUGGCCUGUUAUUCUGAUCACAAACCCCAAAGAUGCUCUGUACACACUGCCUGACCGUGAACCAACUGGCCGUAUGCUGAAGUCUACUCAUAUCAGACUGCUAGUCUUCUCACCUGGUAAAAUUCUCUCAGUUGAGGUCAGCAUUGAUACAGUUCAAGUUGGCUUUGCAAAGCAGGCCAAAGGUCCACUGUAUGUCCUGGCAUGGAACCCCACAGACUACAGCAAGGGGGUGCACACUAUUAAAGGCCAGACUCUCUACACAGUGGCGAUGUUAACAGCACUUUUACCCUUGCUCUAUUUUAGAAUCAUGAAAGAAAGGAAAACAGUCAAUUGCCUGCACCUGCCUAGAUUUUUCGAUGUGGUGAAUGAAAUCCUCAGAAGGAUUUAUUAUGUGUCUGUAUACAAUAACACUUUUUAUCCAUUGGUUAUAUACAUAGUUUAUAUAACAAUAGGACCCUGGUUCAUAGGACAUGUCUUAGAUGGCCACGUGGGUCUGUGUUUUUUAUUUGGGAUCUAUGUGAAUGGUACACUGAUUCCUAGUAAUCUCACCUAUGUGUAUGGAUUUUUCCAGAUCUUAAUGUUUGUCAUUCCAUUAAUACUUUACACUGGGUGGUGUAUACAGCACCGGCUCAGAAACUUAAAGAAAGAUAAAGCCAUGGACAAGCCGACUUGUAAAAACUAUGUCAAGGAUCACUGGAGUUUCUUACUCAUCGUGUUCUUGCAAGUGUGGUUUGCAUAUGGAGGGUUCUUUAAAGCUUAUGGAACCAUGGCGUUUUUACUUGGACCAUUUAGGACCUGGUCUGCAGUUCUGGCUAUAUAUCUGCAUAGAAAUGCAUCGAAUGUAGAGAGACAGGAACUCGAGAUGAAACCAGAGCUGAGUGAACAGCAAUUUAUUGCUGUAACAAGAAAUGAGGACAGCUCCCACUGUGGUGCUGUGAACAAAUUGAACUCCAUACAGUGA